AUGAAAUUUAUUAUUUUUAUUUUAUCAUCAAUUUUAAUAAUAUACAUUGGUUAUGUUGUUGGUAUUGAUAGGUCAACAAUAACAGAACCAAAACUUGGUGAUUUACAAAAUAUUAAAAAUGACAAAUUAAUAUCAUCUACAAACAAUCCUCCAUUACCAUUUCUAUCAAGAAAACAAUUUAAAUAUAAUGUAGUUUUAAAAAAGAAUAAAAAUAAAGAAAACAAACAACAAACUAAAGAAAACAAUGAUAAUAAUGAUGAAAAUGAAGAUACUACUACUACUUCUAAUACUGCUACAAUACCAGUAACAACUAAUAAUAAUAAUAAUAAUAAUGAAUUUAAUACAAUUAAUAUGGCAUCAAAAGAUGGUUCAAUUUAUAAAUGUUUAAUACCAAAACCAAUUAAAGAGACUAAAGAAAAGUGGAUUCAAAUUCCAACUGUUGAAACAAUUAAAGAAUCACUUUCAAAUUUAAAACAAAAAUGUAUUAAAUCAGCUAAUCCAGGUUUAUGGUGGUCAUACGAAUUUUGUUAUCAUGAUAAAGUUAGACAAGUGCAUGUUGAAAAGAAUGAAGUUCAAAGUGAAUUCAUAUUGGGUACUUUUAUUGAUUCACCUCAAAAUGGUGCAAUCAAAGGUAUAGAUCAAACUAUUUUAGAAAAGUAUAUGAAAAAAGAAAUCACUGAACUACCUCAAUCAACUACAACAACACCUUCAAAUUUUUUACCUUAUUUUAGUGAAAAAUAUGAAGAUGGUACUGUUUGUGAAAUUUUAAAUAUUAAAAGACAUACUGAAGUUAGAUACUAUUGUUCUAAAGAUGCAAUUCAACCAACAAUUCAAGAUAUAGGUGAACCAUCUUCUUGUGCAUAUUUAUUAAAAGUUUUAACAAACAAAAUGUGUAUUCACCCAUUAUUCCAACCAAAACAAAAUAAAGCAUUGGAUAUUCAAUGCACGAAAAUAUAA